GCCUCUGCCAGCACCCUUGAUGACCCAUCCUUCCCCCCCCCCCACACCUCCCGUGGGCGGGGUAGGGGGCCGGGGCCUGUCGGUGUGGUUCCCAGAGCCCACCUGUGCCCUCCCUCUUCCUGCCCUCGCCACCCGCCCUCCACCCCCAGGCGUGGCUCAACACUGUCACGGCUGGGGAAGAUUGCGGAGCCCCGGGCCAACUGGCUGCUUUCUCUCCGCGCUCCCGCCCUGGCUCCCGCCGGCGGCCCCAGGCGAAGAGCCACCGCUGACUGAGCGUCUCAUUGUGUGCGCCCCGGGCGGGCAGCGGAGAGCAGCGCAGCAGCGCAACCCGCAGCGCAGACUUGAAGAACCUUCCAUGGAUUAGUGAUCAACACAGCAGCUCUCCCAGCCCUAGACAGCAGCCCUAGCCAGAGGCAUGCGGCUGCCCCGCUUCUCCAGCACUGUCGUGCUCUCACUCCUGAUAACCCAGACCUGCAUCCUGGUCUUCCUGGUCUCCCGCCAAAUGCCGUCGUCCCCAGCAGGCCGUGGGGGGCGUGUGCACGUGCUGGUGCUGUCCUCCUGGCGCUCGGGCUCGUCUUUCGUGGGCCAGCUCUUCAGCCAGCACCCGGAUGUCUUCUACCUCAUGGAGCCAGCCUGGCACGUGUGGGAUGCCCUGUCUCAGGGCAGCGCCCUCGCGCUCCACAUGGCCGUGCGCGACCUGGUGCGCUCCGUGUUCCUCUGCGACCUGGACGUGUUCGAUGCCUACCUGCCCUGGCGCCGCAACGUCUCGGAUCUCUUCCAGUGGGCGGUGAGCCGCGCCCUGUGCUCGCCUCCCGUCUGCAACGCCUUCGCCCGCGGCAACAUCAGCAGCGAGGAGGUGUGCAAGCCCCUGUGCGCCGCUCGGCCCUUCGCUCUGGCCCAGGAAGCCUGCAGCUCCUACAGCCACGUGGUGCUCAAGGAAGUGCGCUUCUUUAACCUGCAGGUGCUGUACCCGCUGCUCAGCGACCCAGCGCUCGACCUGCGCAUCGUGCACCUGGUGCGCGACCCGCGGGCCGUGCUGCGCUCCCGGGAGCAGACGGCCAAGGCGCUGGCCCGGGACAACGGCAUCGUCCUGGGUACCAAUGGCACGAGGGUGGAGGCGGACCCCGGGCUGCGCGUGGUCAGCGAGGUGUGCCGCAGCCACGUGCGCAUCGCCGAGGCCGCCCUGCGCAAGCCACCGCCCUUCCUGCGGGAUCGCUACCGCCUGGUGCGCUACGAGGAUCUGGCCCGGGACCCGCUCAGCGAGAUCCGUGGCCUCUACGCCUUCACGGGCCUGAGCCUCACGCCGCAGCUCCAGACCUGGAUCCACAACAUCACGCACGGCUCAGGGCCAGGCGCGCGCCGCGAGGCCUUCAAGACCACGUCCAGGGAUGCGCUCAGCGUGUCCCAGGCCUGGCGCCACACGCUGCCCUUUGCCAAGAUUCGGCGAGUCCAGGAGCUGUGCGCCGGCGCCCUGCAGCUGCUGGGCUACCGACCCGUGCACUCCGAACUCGAGCAGCGGGACCUCUCUCUGGACCUCCUGCUGCCAAGGGGCAUGGACAGUUUCAAGUGGGCUUCGUCCACCGAAAAGCAGCCGGAGUCUUAAGAGUUUGGGUGGGGAGUCCCAGCUCUGACGGUAGGGUCUAGCGGAAUAUGAUAAAGAACGGGCUUGGUGAACCCAAAAGCCAGUCAGCAACCAGCGCCUGGGAGUGGGUGGACUUGGCCUGUUCUAGGAAAGGACUGAGUCCGAAUUCCUCAUUUCUUUCUUCCCAGGUUAUGGUUUUCCUUUGAGUCUUUUAGGAUUUGGUUUCCCAUCAAGCACUGCCUUAGGGAAAGUGAAGCCCCUCCCUUUUCCUUUGGUCACAGAAGCAGCCAGACUCCUACUAAAGUACCUCCUUCUCCUUUACCUUUCUCCCCUCUUUGGUCACACCAUGCAAUAGCGGAGAAUGGUGUCCCAGGCCCCGUCAAGAUUGGCAGGGUGCUGCUGCACGGGCUGGCUCCUAAAGUCUCUGUACCCGCCUCGCAGUUGCUCAACCCCGAGCCUUAGUCUCAGCCCAUCAGAGACUUGGACAGUUAUGUGCAUGGUCAAGGAGGAAUCAGAGAGGAUGCCUCGGUGGUUUUGCCUUAGCCUAUGCCUGAGCUUCUAGGAAGGAGCCCAGGCAUACACCCCCAAGCCUGAGGAGGAUGAAUUUUUAAUGAGCCUUUGAUUUGUCCUGAGAUGAAAGAGCCUGAUUUGUGGGGAAGAGCAUCAUAAAUAAGCUGUGUGGUCCAGAUAAGAGCCUAUCAUGUUUGAAAGGCAUCUUAAGAAGUAACAGGGAUUGUGCGAGGGCACAUCUUGAGGAGGAGGAAGGAAGGAGAUGGAUUCGCUCUUUGCUCUGAGGGUGGCAGUGGCUAGAGGGAAUGAGUCAGGCUUGCACAGAUCUGUCUCCUGUCAGCGACACCUAGAUGUAUUUGUUCCUUAGACACACAGCUAGGGCAAACAGUAAAUGGGAAAAUUCUGAGCAGAGAAUCCAAAACCUACCCUGGAGGAGCCUAGAAGAAGGCAGAGAAGAGGAGGGAGAGAGCAGGGAGGUCUGGGCACCAAGCCAAACAUAGCCAGCAGUGUCUGGGAGGCAAAUGGGGGCAGGUCAUGGGGUGUCUGGGACUCAGUCUUGCCAAGAGUUUAGAAGAAAAAAGGAUGACUUAAGGGGUGGUUCUUGUCUUGCCUUGGUCCUUCCAGGAUGAGUGAGGGUUUACUUCCUGCAAACCACACCCAGCCCUGACAGCAAAGCGCCCAUUCAAGGGAUGCUGGGAAGGCAGAAAGCUUAGUCCCAACCUCAGAAAACAAAAGCCAGCAAGUGUACAGUAAAUGUUUAAAGGUAGAGCAGGCUUCCUUCCUCAGGGGAGGACAAGGAAGUGGAUUCGAGUCUACGUUAAGCACUCACAUCACGUGGCACACACUGAUCUGGGAACUCUUAAUUGUUGCCAGAACGUUGUCGUCGUCUGGGCUGCUGCUUCCUAAUUCUCGGCGUAGGUGUGGCCUUCAACAAGUGGUGGACUUUAGGACAAAGGAUAGGAUACAUGAUCUGAAGGCUUAGGCUUUUUUUUUUCCUUUGGUGGGGGGAGGGGGACUCAUGUAGCCCAGGCUUUCUUCAGACUGACCCUGGAUUUAAGAAUGCCCUGGAACAUGGGUGUGUGUGUGCGCCUGUGUGUAUACAUUCAUGCCUUAUUCCUUUCCUGUUGCCAUGACAAGACAACAUGGCCACGGCACUGUGAAAGAAAGCAUUUAACUUGGAGCUUGUGGUUUCCACGGGAGUCUGUGAUCCUCAUGGCAGAAAGCUUGGAGUAGUAGCUAAGAGCUCACAUCUUGAGACAGAGAGCGCUAACUGGGAAAUGGCUUGGGCUUCUGGAACCUCAAGAAACCCAACCCUUGAGCUGGAGAGAUGGCUCAGAGGUUAAGAGCACUGGCUACUCUUCCAGAGAUCCGGAGUUCAAUUCCCAGCAACCACAUGGUGGCUCACAACUAUCUAUAGUGAGAUCUGGUGCCCUCUUCUGGCGUGCAGGUGCACAUACAGGCAAAAGACUAUAUACAAAAUAAAUAAACCUUUAAAAAAACAAAACAAAAACCCCAACACUCCUCCAACACAGCAAUACCUUAUCCUUCCCAAACAGGUCCACCAAGAUAUCAACUAUCUGGGCCUAUAGGACCAUUUGCAUUCAAACUUCAGUUCACAUGGAUGGGUGUGUGCGUGUGUAUGCCACAGCUUGCUUGCAGGUAGACAUCAAAGGACAACUUUGGGUGUCCUCUCUUUCUACUUAUUUUUCUAACUUAGUACUGUAAGCAUGAUCUGUGUGUGGGAGCUCAUAUGUGGAGGUCAGAGGCCAACUUUGUGGGUUCCAGGGAUCAAACUCAGGUCACAAGCCUUUUAUGUCAAGUGCUUUUACUCCAUGAAACUUCAACCUUCUCCUCAGCUCUGGAGUGUGUGUGUGUGUAUUGUAUGUACUUGUUAGUGCAGGUGUGUACAUGUGAAGAGCAGCCAGUGCUCUUAACCUCCAAGCCAUCUCUCCUCCUCCUCCUCCUCCUCUUUUCUGAGACAGGGUUUCUCUGUGCAGCCCUGGCUGUCCUGGACUUGCUCUGUAGACCAGGCUGGUCUCAAACUCACAGAGAUCCACCUGCCUGUGCCUCCCUGAGUGCUGGGAUUAAAGGUGUGCGCCACCAGCGCCAGCUUCUCUCUCUUCUUUGAAACAGUCCUCUGUUGUUUUCCCCACAAAGCACAGCAAACUAGCUGGUCUGUGAACUUCUGGGGAUUCUCCUGAUUCCACCUGUUAUUUCACUGUAGCUUUUAUGUGGAUGCUGGGGAUUUGAACGUGGGUCCUCAGCACAGCAAAUGCUUCUAUCCACUAAGAAAUCUCCAUGGCACGGCCUAGAACUUAACAUGGCCUCCUGCUGUUAUGGGGUAGAGACCCAAAGACCAUAAAGCAAAGUUUGAAUUGAGAAUCUAUUAAGCAGGCUGGUGGAGAGAAACAUGUUUCAUAGAGCAGUGCCAAAUGCAUAUUGAGGGAGUUUUUAAAGAUGGGAACACAGUAAAACUACAUCCUGGUUGGCAGUUGUGAGGGACACAAGCAAACAGUUUUAAUAAGAACCAAGAUCACUCAUUCCAACCACAGGUUUUAAUUGUUAUUUUUUUAAAGAUUUAUUUAUUUAUACAGUAUUUUGCCUGCAUGUAUUCCUGCUCACCAGAAGGGGGCACCAGAUCUCAUUAUAGAUGGUUGUGAGCCACCAUGUGGUUGCUGGGAAUUGAACUCCGGAUCUCUGGAAGAACAGGCAGUAGUCUUAACCUCUGAGCCAUCACCAUCUCUCCAGACCCCAGCAACGGGUUUGUAGAACAGCGUUGAGUGCUUUCCCAUGGGACUUUUCAGGGCAGAAAGCAGAAAUCAAAAUGGCUUCAGCUGAGGCAAGAUGGACCUCUGCCCCAUUUCGAUGCCUCCAACUCCUGAGUGCUGGGAUUAAAGGCUUUUUGUCUCCACACCUGGUUUAUGUGGUGCUAGGGUUUCAGAUAAGCUAGGCAAGCAUGCUACCAAGUGAGAGCUACAUCCCCCUCUUCAUCUUUCAAGCUUAAGAAGCUUUGGGCUACCAGGCAGUGGUGGUACAAGCCUUUAAUCCCAGCACUCGGGAGGUAGAGGCAAGUGGAUCUUUGUGAGUUCGAGGCCAGCCUGGUCUACAAAGAAGUGCGUCCAUGCCAGCCAAAGUUACACAGGGAAACCCUGUCUUGAAAAAAAAAAGGGGGGGGGGGGGAGAAAAGAAAAUCUGUUUCUGAGUAAACCUCAGAGUG